AUGGCAGGUACACUGUUAAAUCAGGUUACCAUUGGAUACAUUCUAAUGGCUCUUUCCCCUCAAACAACACUACUGGAUGUCUGGAUCAUCCCAUGUCAUAAACAGUCGGGUUUGGAAGAUGGUAUGGAAAAUAGACACUCUCCCAAGGAUCAAAAUUUUCAUGUGGAAGCAAGUGAGAAGAAGUGGGUACUUACAUUGGUGAGUUUUCUGUGCUGGGCAAUAUGGAAAGCACGUUGUGAUUAUGUGUAUCGACAUCGGCAACCUUCCCCAUCACAAGUCCUCUGCUAUGCGGUGAGUCUGGCAUGCGAGUUUUUGGAGGCCUCGGUCCAGAAUCGGAUUGGUGGAGCUCCCCUCUCCGACAACAUUAAUCAAUGGACCCUUCCCCCACAAAAUGCAGCUGCAAUUAACUGUGAUGCUUCUUGGAAGAGUCCAUCGACUGGAGGACUGGGAACCAUAAUUAGAGAUUACAGAGGCAUGGUAAUUUGUGGAGCUACUUUCAACACGUGCAGUGGAUCAGUGAUUAUUGCUGAAGCACAGGCCAUCCUUUUGGAUUUGAACCUGGCAAUUGAGCACAAUUUGAAGAGAGUCAGAGUAGAAUCUGAUUCUUUAGAAGCAAUCACCAAACUAAGGAAAGCCAACUCCUGCGGGAAUUGGAGGAUUUCCCCUAUCAUUGGUGAAAUUCAUAAAAAAAGUCAGUUUUUUGAUCACAUUACCUGGGAUUGGAUUCCCCGUGAAGCGAAUCGAGUCGCCCAUGAGGCGGCCUCGCUUGCCAUCCAGUCGGUGGGUCUUAACAGAUGGGCCAACAGGCCACCACCUUCCCUCUCCACGGUACUUCGGAAUGACGGUCUCCCAUGCCCACAUGGAAAUGACUCUUGA